GUAACUCGCCAGCAGUUGGUGGCGAGACAAGUUGCAACAGUUUAAGCGUGAUAAUUUUUCUUCUCGUUCAAGGACACCUCGUCCCAGUCGGGAAAAUGGCUACCAAUUCAAAUGUUUCGCUGUCGAUUUCUAUCGACAGACAAAAGGUUUUAGGGAAAGGGGCUUACGGAAUCGUUUACGAAGGGACGUGGAUGAACAGAAAAGUGGCCGUCAAGCGAAUUCAAAUCGAAAACGUUGAAAACAACAAAGGAGGAGAAGAAGCACUACAGGAAUUAGAUCAUCCAAAUGUCGUCAAACUUUAUCACGUUGAAAGCAACCACGAUUUCAGAAUUUAUGCGCUGGAAUUUUGCCAGGCAUCACUGGAUCAAAAAUUCUUGGAUGACAAGAAACCGGGAAAAUACCGUGGACUCAUGCCUCCCGAUGAAGAAGUUUGCCUCCAGUUGGCCCAGGGAAUGGAACACAUUCACGAAAAGGGAUUGAUCCAUCGAGAUCUCAAACCCGAAAACGUUCUCAUCUGGGUAGAUACCACUGGAGAAAAAGUCGUAAUGAAAUGGGCCGAUUUCGGACUUAGCAAACAAGUCAACCCAACAGGAAGUCAUUCCAUUAGUGGAAUGAGAGGAACCCACAACUGACAUUCCCCUGAAAUAUUGAAGAUAUUUGAUGAAGAAGGAAAUGGUGGUAAAACAACGACGACAACACCCGACAUUCGUCCAAGAGGAACCGUCAAGAGCGACGUUUUUAGCGCGGGACUCGUUUUCGGCUAUUAUCUAUUAGGCGGUGAUCAUCCUUUCGGUUCACCUAUCAAUGUUCUACCAAACAUUUUUAAAAAUGAGCCAGUCAAUAUGCCAA